CCCUUUAGACAGGCUGGCAGUGGCAGGGGGAGAUCAUGAGUGGGGUGGUUUAGCUCAUGGGAUAUGGAGGCGGGGGCACUGUGCAACUUGCUGGACAGGACUUGAUGCUUGAAUUCAAACAGAAGCCAAGCAAGAGCAUAUCUCAAGGCUGCUGGGAAUAAAGAGGACUUUACGCUGAAGAUUCGCCUUACUCUGCAGAGAGGUUACACACUACUGGGAAAUGGUUAUAAAAUACUAAAAGGUCAGAGGACAUCAGGAAAAGGAGAGGAAAAGCAAGGCCGCCACUUCCAGGAGACAAGUCAAGGGAGCUGUUAAUGCAACAUGAUCCAGUGUGUCUUGCCCUAAAAAUACCUCUGGGCAGGAGAGUGGCAGCUAUCUCUAUCUGCGUAAUUACUUGGUAAUCAACCAUUUAUUUUUCUUCUUUGGACAAAAACUGAGGUCAGAGAACAGCGAUUUGAGGGGAAUUUAUCCACCACAGAUAUGCAUCGAAAUAUUAUAGUUUGGCUUUUCAAGUUAUAGAAAGUUAUUGAUCUUAAAUUCAAAAAUGUGAGAACUUAAACAGUAAUUGUAAAGCCUGCUCAUAGAUUCUAAUGUCCUUGCUGGAUUUUGCUUUAGAAUACUAAGAGAGGGCCCAGGCAGUGUUAUAGCCACACAAUCCUCAUACACAGGUACAGAAUCCACUGUAGGAUCCACCAAAUCGUUUCAACCAUGAGAAAAGCUGAGGUGCAAAUGACCCUGAAAAAAGGGGCAGAUGAAGCAGCGGCACCCCCGAGCCCCAUCCUCCCCCCAAAACGGUCCAAAGCGAGCCCAGAGCAAGCUGUCCCGGACCCUCGAGGACCUGGCUAUUCUACCCCAACUCCGCCUGUUUUUACACGCAAAAUGAGGAACGCCGCUGUGGGGACAGGCUGUGACAUCCGUCUGAAGGUGACUGUGGCUGGAGACCCGCAGCCCUCCCUGUACUGGUACCACAAUGAUGACCUCCUCAACAUGGAGAACCAGGAGUACGGCGGGCUCUGGAUUAGGGAUUGCAAACCCAGUGAUGCUGGCCUCUACACCUGCAUCGCCAAUAAUCACCUGGGAGAGGCCCGGAGCAGCGCAGUGCUGGCUGUCUUGGAUCUGGGUGAAGAUUCCGAAACAACAGAGGAUGAAGGUGACCAAUUUGAGACCAAAGAAGAUGGUGGGGAUGUUGAGGACCAGGCUGUGCAUACAGUGAUGGACACAUUUGCAGAAGAUGACAGUAGAACACAUGGAUAUGAGGAUCACUCUAUCACAACCAGGAGCCAGUCAGAGAAUAUUUCAAGAGAAUCGCCCCCACAAGCCCUCCCACCCCCAUCCCCGAGACUCGUCAAACGUCCCUCCACCUCUCCAAUGCCAAGCCGCUCUGGUUCAACUACACCUCUCAGCUUGCGGAAGAAAACUGUUGUGCCAAUCGAUUACCAAGACACAGUGCCUGCUGAGUUUGAAGAAAAGGUUAAGCAGCCUAAGUCUGCGUCCCAAAGCAACACCCAGGACUACCGAGCACAGACUCCACUGAGCGACUACUCCCGGAAAGAAUUUACUCUCAGACCAUCCCCAAAGCUUACCAGGGCAAGCUCAAAGGUUUUUGAGAAGGUUCGUGGCUUAGAAGAGCGGAGACGAAGCCUCGAUAUUCCAGAGGGUUCCAUCUCAGCAGGAUCCUGGGCUGGGUUCAAUCGGGCUGGAUCUGUAGAUUCAGAUGAUGGAGGAAGCCGCUUGGGCAUCUCUAGAGAAAGUUCAAGGGAAGAUCUAAGGGAGGCUUUGAAAGAGGAUGCUGCUGAACGAAGAUCUAUGUUUAAACAGAGAGCUGCCUCACUGGAGGAGAAACCUCGCUACUCCCAAAAAGUUCAGGACAUUGAGAACAAGUUCACCGAGGAGCUCCAGCGCAUUAAGAAGCUUGUUGGCAAACCUCACCUGAAAAAGUCGUUUUCAACUGAACAGCUCACUCUAAAGAGCAGGCAGCGCCAGCCUUUAAGGAAAAUUGAACCUAUUCCACCACAAGUCCUUCAAAAGCUCCAGGAAAGGGAACGUGCCCAGUGGGCAAAGGAACAGAGAGAAAAAGAACAUAGUCAGCAGCCAAUGCAACAGCAACAGCAAGCACAGCAAGAACAAAAUAAGUCCCAACCCCAAAAGACAGCAACGACUGUAACAGUCAGUAGAUUUGGAGAAGUUGCAGGCACCCCAGAGUCCAUGCAGUUAUCUGACUUACCAGGACAACGAUCAGUGAGAGAAUUAAGUCGAGUCAGUCCAGUAAUGGAAAUCAUCCAGAGAUCAUCAUCACCAUCAUUAUAUCAUCAACAAAGGGCAGAGUCGCCAAGCAGAAAUGUUGCUGAGAUGACAUUACGUAAGGUUGAACGAAGGCCGCCAAGUCCGCUUGUACAGAGGGUAUCUCGAAUGCAAGAAUCCUCGCAUAUCCAAGAAUCGCUUGUGCAAACAUCACAAAAGGAUGAGACUUCAGGGAGAAAGACGCCAAUAGAGGUAGCAUUAAGAAAAAUUGAAAACAGACCUGAAAGUCCAUUGGUACAAAAAAGGGCUGCCAUUGUGCAAGACCUUCCUCCUCAACCUCCUCCAAAACCCCCAAGGAUGUCACCGGUCACUCCAACGGAGGAGAGAAUGGAAGUGGAUCCAUCCAAACCAGCCCCCAAGAUAAGAAUCCCCACGAUUAUUGUUGAAGAUGAAAAGAUGGAAGAGGAUGUUCACGUGAAGUCAAGUGAGCCUCAGCAGAAUACUGCUAGUGCCAAAGAGGGACGACAGCUGAAGACCAAAGGGAAGAACCGUCGCCCUCGACCCAUGUCUCCAGAGUUAGAUUCUUCAGAUGAUUCUUAUGUGUCUGCUGGAGAAGACCCAAUGGAGGCCCCUGUAUUUGAGUUUCCCCUGCAGGACACUGUAGCAUCUGCUGGUGCAGAUGUGCUACUAAAAUGCAUCAUUGCCGGCACCCCCCUUCCUGAAGUUACCUGGACGAAAGAAAAUAUGGAAAUAACCGGCAUUGCAAGUUACGCAGUCAAAGCGGAGGGUGAACGACACACCCUGCUCAUCAGAUCAGCUGGAAUAAGUGAUGGUGGAAAAUACUGUGUAACUGCUGUUAAUCAGGUGGGAAAAGCAUCCAGCAGUGCCACCCUUACAGUCAAAGCAGAGUCUGUACAGGAGCCAAAGGGAAACCUGGGCGUGCGUAGGGAUAUCAGCAGCCCUAUUACAUCUGAUGAGGAGUAUCUCAGUCCGCUGGAGGAAGGCAUGGAUUUUGGAGGGCCAGAGCUCAAGCAAACUUUUGACACACGAUUCCGGGAACCCCCUGCAUUCCUGGUAACAAUGAGUGAUCAAGCUGUCAUUGAAGGACAGGAAGUUACCAUGUCUGUUCGAAUAAGUGGACAACCCAAACCCAUGCUCUAUUGGCUGAGGAACAGAGUUACAGUAAAAACAGGCCCACGUCACAUUGUACGUGAGACAGAAGAUGGCGCUUUUGAAAUGACCAUCAAGUCAGCAGUGAGAUCGGACUCUGGGAUUUACACCUGUAAGAUCAUUAACGAGUAUGGGACGAAGCAGUGUGAAGGAAAGCUGGAGGUAAAAGCGCCACCAGUGGAGCCAGGCCUGGCUGUCAUUCGCCCGGUCAGAGACAUCACAGCCAAGGCUGGAGAGACAGUUUUAUUUGAGUGUCAUGUCAUCGGACCGAAGGACACUGAUGUGGACUGGCUUGCAGAUGGGAAACUGAUCCAGCCGGCGUUGCUCAACUGUAAGAUGCACUUUGAUGGGAGAAAGUGCCGGCUGCUGCUCAACUCCGUACACGAGGAUGACAGUGGCACAUACAUGUGCAAGCUCAGCACAGCUAAAGAGGAAGUGACUUCAUGUGGCAAACUCAAAGUCAUCCCUUCAAUUGAGCCUCUCUUCACUCGCAAGCUGGAUGUUCUAGAAGUGAUUGAGGGCCGUAACGCUCGAUUUGACUGCAAAGUCAGUGGGACGCCAUCUCCUAAGGUCAUCUGGAACCACUUUGACCAUCCGCUCACAGAAAAUGAAGACAUUCGUAUUCUUCAGGAAGGAGGCCGCCACUCUCUUUUCAUUUCUCAUGUGACCAAUGAGGAUGAGGGCUUUUACACUGUCACCGCCCGUAACAGUCACGGCGAGGCAGAGAGCUCCGCCGAACUUUACAUACAAGAGCCACGGCCAGCCAUCUCCUCACAGAUGGCUAAACUGGAGAAGAUGCCAUCGAUCCCAGAGGAGCCAGAGGUCCCAGAGAAUGAGGUGGAGCGUUUCACUAUGCCGGACUUCAUCAAACCCCUUUAUGACCUGGAUGUGAUCGAGGGAAAAGAGGCUGUGCUGAAAUGUAAAGUCGCUGGUUUGCCAUACCCCACCAUCGUCUGGUUCCACAACGGCAAAAGGAUUGAGAGCACCGAGGACAGAAAGAUGACACAGUUCCGUGACGUCCACAGCCUGGUCAUCCGCUCUGUGUGCCAUGCCCAUGGUGGCGUCUACAAGAGUGUCAUCUCUAACAAAGUUGGCAAGGCCACCUGCUACUCUCAUCUCUACGUCACGGAUAUCCUCCCUGACCCUCCCGAUGGCACUCCGGUGAUAGAAUCCAUCACUGGUAAAACAAUCACCUUGAGCUGGAAGAAACCAAGGAGGCUGGACCCUUCCAUUGAUGCCAGCUCCCUGAUGUAUGCCAUUCAACAACAAGCCCUGGGCUCCAUCCAGUGGAUCAUCAUAGCUUCUGGCCUGAAGGAGACCACCUUCACCAUCACCACCCUCUCCAAAGGUGUGCGCUAUGCUUUCAGGGUCCUGACCAUCACCUCCAAAGCCUUCAGCAAGCCCUCUUCUAACACCGACCCAGUGCAGCUUCUGGACCGAGGUCCCUAUCUUCAGGAGGCUCCAGUGAUUAUUGAUAAGCCAGAUAUUGUCCACGUGAUGGAAAACCAGUCAGUCACCAUCACUGUCACCCUCAAUCAUGUCAACGCUGCAGUCAUCUGGAAGAGGAGGGGAGCGGUCCUCGCCAGCAAGCCAGGCUUGUAUGAAAUGACAAUGCCAGAUGAUGACCAGCAAACGCUGAAGCUGCUUAAAGUCAAGAGUGCUGACAUCGGAGAGAUGCAAUUUGUGGCCUCCAACAAGUACGGCAGCGACAGUUGUACCUUCAACAUUGAGAUGGCAGCUCCCCCAACAUUUGAAACUAUCAUGGAGGACCUGGACGUUUGUGCUGGGGAGACCCCUCGCUUUGCUGUUGUUGUGGAGGGCAAACCCAUUCCUGACAUCCUCUGGUUCAAGAAUGAUGUCCUGCUGUCGGAGAGCAGUCAUUACACAUUUGUGUACGAUGAUAAUGAAUGUUCCCUGGUGGUCCUUAACGCUCGCCCAGAGGACUCCGGGGUUUACACCUGCACUGCCAGGAACUUGGCAGGAUCUGUGUCCUGUAAAGCUGAACUCACCAUUCAUGAAGCUAAACGUAAAGAGGAUCCAGUGGACGAUGAGGAGACUAUUCUAAGAAAAAUGCGCAGACUCACUGACAACUAUGACAUUCACAAGGAAAUUGGAAGAGGUGCAUUUUCCUAUGUGAAACGUGUGACCCAGAAGGUUGGCAAAAUGGAGUAUGCUGCAAAGUUUAUCUCCACAAGGGCCAAGAAGAAGGCGUCUGCUCGAAGAGAGAUGAACCUGCUUUCCAAGCUGGACCACGAGAGAAUCCUUUACUUUCAGGAUGCCUUCGAGAAAAAGAAUGCAGUCAUUAUCAUCACUGAACUAUGCCAUGAGGAACUGCUUGAUAGAUUUACAAGGAAAUCUACAGUAAUGGAGUCUGAUGUGCGUUCAUGUAUAAGACAACUGAUUGAGGGUGUGGACUACCUUCACCAUCUAAACAUCAUACACCUGGACAUUAAGCCUGAUAACAUCCUCAUGGCAGACUCCCUGGGUGAUCAGAUCCGUAUCUGUGACUUCGGUAACGCAGUGCAGAUCACACCCGAUGAGGCUCAAUACUGCAAAUAUGGCACACCAGAAUUUGUCGCACCAGAAAUUGUCAAUCAGACCCCCGUGUCAAAAGCAACAGACAUCUGGUCCAUUGGAGUUAUUGCAUACCUGUGUCUGACGGGAGUUUCUCCAUUUGCUGGAGAGAAUGACCGCAGCUCCGCACUGAACAUCCGGAACUACAACGUGGCCUUCGAGGAGAGCAUGUUUGCGGAGCUUUGCCGAGAGGCUAAAGGGUUCAUCAUAAAACUGCUGGUAGCAGACAGGCUGAGACCUAAUACUCAAGAAUGUCUCCGACACCCCUGGUUCAAGCUACUGAGCAAGGGGAAGGCCAUAAGUACAGAGGCCCUGAAGAAGUUUGUAUCUCGCAGAAAAUGGCAGCGUUCACUAAUCAGCUAUAAAUCCAAAAUGGUCAUGAGGUCCAUACCUGAGUUGCUAAACGAUUCCUCCAGCCAUGUCUCCAUUGCUGUUCCCAGGCACCUUAAAGAAGGUUCCCCUUUGCCAUCAUCAUCUUCAGAUUCUGAUGAAGACAUUGGUGAACUACCAUUUAUUCCACAGCCACUUAACAUGGAAUUUUCUGGAUCAAGGAUAUCACUUAAUGACAUCCAGACCAAUGAGCAGGAAACAGGAAAACAGGACGAAACGAGUAUAUUGUCUGGGUCUCCUGCUCAAGCCCAGAAGGCAAUGGAAUGUGACCCUAAAGAAACAGAUAAAGAAGGGGUCGAAUUAUCAGGUAAAGGCCACCUGCGGAAAAGGUCGUCACAAGAAAAUGACAGGGGUUCCUCAGAUGAAGAAUCCCCUGCUGAAUUGCCGCAAAAGUCACAGCUGACUAGAAAACCCCUGCGAAGGGGUUCAAGCAUGGAGUCGGACAAACCAGAGGGUGGACGACGAAGAGGAGAGCUAAGACGUGGAGGCUCAGCCGACAGUGCAUUGCUGCUGCGGAUUACACCGGAGGAAGGAGCUGGAGAAGGAAACCAAGAGAAUGGGAGGAGAGUUCUCAAGAAAGCUGUCUCUAUGGAACUACCGAGGAGGAGCACCAGCCCAGGAACGGCCAAGAUGAGUCAAGAAGACUACGCUCUUAAACUGGAGCUGAUGAGACAGCGACUGCUUCGUGGUGGCUCUGUGGACAACAAGAUGAGUGGGCUGAGAGGACCUCUGUUGGAAACAUUAGGAAUGGGAGAUGAAAAACGUGCAAUAUCCUCAGAUCGCUACUCUCGUACUGCUCGUUUGGGCCCACCCCCACUAAUCAGAGCUGCAUCCAGCGACUCUGCAACGGAGGACGUUCCCAAACCCAAAGUUUUGCGCAAAACUGCUUCCUUCAGUCAAGGUGAUUCAGAACCCAUAGCUUUACACCGCCGUUUAGGAGCUCCCUUGGAGAUACCCUUGGCGCAGGUAGAAGAGAGAAGGCUCAAGGAGGCUAUAUCUAUGUCAUCUCUCACUGAGCAAAUCAAGCUAGACUCCCGUCCAGUAACUCCCAGGGAACCUUCACCAAAACUGCCGGCACCAGAGUCAAUUGUGCAGGAAAGUCCAACCAAAACAGAAAGCGAGGAGUCAUUAAUGGAGAAAGAGAUAAAGCCUGAUGACACUAUGAACGAAAAGAUGGAUGGGCUGACCACAGAUAGUAAUUUUGAUGAGAGAUCAAGCACAAGUGGUUUCUCAGAGAAGGACAUGAGCAUAUCAGAAGAACCAAUGAUUGAAUCAGAGUAUACGGGCCAGGGAAUUCCUACACCUCCUCCAGUGGCCCAAAGCUCGAAACUUGAAGAGAAAAUGGAGGAAGAAGGAGAGAUCGAGCAAGAAGAAAAAGGAGAGAUUAUGAAAGAGGAAGAGGAAAGAAUUGUCAGUGUUGCUGAAUCGAAUGCAAAAGGAAGUGUAGACGCCUCUGAAGAAAAUAUAAAAGAAGAAGUAACUAUGCCUGCAAAAUCUUCUGAUAUGAUCAUAACCACAAGCUCAGUUAUGUUGAGACCAACACAGGAAUAUCCCCAUCCAUCAGCAAAUGUUGUGUCAACUUAUGUGCCACCCUCGCUUCCUGCUCGAGUUGUUCUUCCAGAUGGAAGCACUUCAGCAUAUGCAAGUAUUAUGCAGACCAUCAUGGUCCCUGCAGUUCAGCCUCUCAAUGACCAACCUUUAGGCCCUUCCACACCCAUUGUUGCUCCAGCCACCUCAUCAUCCUCAGUAUCAAGUGACACAUUGGUACCCACAUCUCCACCUGCCUACAUGUCCUCGGCUUUACCUGGUCCACCAAAGCCAGCCGUCAUGUCAACCAUUGAGCAUGCUGCUGUGUACUCCCGGGUAGCAUCACCAGAAAUGAUGACAAAAGAACCCAGUCCACCGAAGACUACCAUACAUGCUUCAUCCCAACAAGAGCUCUCAGCAGGAGUUGACUUCGAGGACAUUACCUCUGAAGAGGUCUUUGAGGCACGCUUCAAAAAACGUGAAUCUUCCCUCUCAAGAAGUCUCAAAUUUCUGUCGCGGUCAAAGAAUGAGGACAAAUCACAAGCGAUUUCACCAGACUCCACAGAGUCAGGUGAAGAGAUAUACAGACCGGGGCCAAUCGGUGCACCAUUGCAAUUAGCACCAAGGAGACUUGAGGAGAAGUCAAAGUCAGUCCUGGACCUUCGUGAAGCUCAAAAGGACCAAGGCUUUAUGAAAAGACUCUCUAUGCGCCUGAAGAGAACUCCGUCAACUGAGCGCAAGGACGAAACGACCAAAGAAGAGGAUUCCAUUGCUUCAAGACGUAGGCUUUCUUGGACUCUCGGGCGAAGAGGGUCACAGGAGAAGAAGGAAGUGGAGAUGACGCGCAUGGAUGGUGGAGAUAAUGCGUCGGGGGAACAAGAUGAAAAGGAGCUAAAGAAACCUAAUGAAUCGCCGGUCUUGGCAAUGCGCAGAAAGAUUGAAUCAACAGUGGCGGGUAUCUCCACAAGAAUUCGCAGUUUUUCAGAGGAAAGGAAAGCAUCAGAGGACAAGGAAACCAAGAGGACACCAAUUCUUUCAUUGCUUCGCCGUUCAACGUCAGAGAGCCGUGCUAUGAAGAAUAUCAGUGUUCCUCAGAACCAGCUGGCAUCUCAGGCCAGUAAUGGUGCCUCAUCAGAGUCUCUAGACUCCAUGUCCAGCCUAAAGUCAGAAACACCUAAGGUUGCAGAGACUGAGCGCAGAUCCCGCUGGGACAGAUGGGGCCUGACCAGAGGGAGGCGAGACAAGACAGUAUCACAGCCAGACAUACCAACAGCAAUCUCCAGAGAAAAUAGUUCCUUACGUUCACGCCAUUACUCCAGACUAGCUUCUGAUUUCCCUCCAGUAUUCCACAUCAAGCUGAGAGAUCACGUCCUGUUGGAGGGGGAUCCAGUCACACUCAGCUGUCUGCCAGCAGGCAGCCCCCACCCACACAUCACCUGGAUGAAAGAUAAGAAGCCCCUGGAGAUUGAUGCCAGGAUGAACAUGAUCGCCUGCCCUGAUGGCCGGCAGCUACUGAUGAUCAUGCAGACCACUAAAAAGGAUGCAGGGGUCUAUGAAUGUGUUGCUACAAACCCCCUGGCCGCAGUGUCCAGCUCUUGCACAAUAUCUCUUGCUCGUCUGCCCAAUCGUCCUGGGACCCCUGAAAUACCUCAGAAGUACAACAACACAGCCCUGGUACUGUGGAGGCCCUCAGACACAAUAGCCCCCUGCACAUACUCUCUGGAGAGGAAGGCAGAUGGUGAGACCAACUGGUUGAUCGUGGCUACAGGGGUUGCAGACUGUUAUUACAAUGUGGUUGACUUGCCAGCAGGAGGCUCCUUCAGGUUCAGGGUGGCAUGUGUCAAUAAAGCUGGCCAGGGCCCCUAUAGCAACCUCUCAGAAGUAGUAAGCCUGGAUACUUCAGCUAAAUCCAGUGCUACUGUGGUGGUCAAGACUGUCCCUGCAGCUACUCCCCCUGUGGUGAUGAUGUCAUCAAUGAAAGUGCCUCCCAUUAAACCAGCUCCCAGUAAAUCCACUAUAGUAACACCUGUCCCUCCCUCAACUUCAGCUCCUGCUCCUGCUCCCUCUGCGGCUAAAUCUGCUUCUCCAGUAACCAUCCAACCCACUGUGCAGGUUGAAGCUAGCCGCCCUGCUGUUACUGCGCCCGUAAGUACAGCUCCCUCUGAACAAGCUCCUGUUCAGACCACCACAGCUGUCCAAGCCACGGCAGCCAAAGCCAAGACCACCAUUAGCAUUAGCGUGAGCAAACCCCAAACCAAAUUGGCACCUCCCCCUCUUGUCCCACCCAAACCUCGGAGUCCUGUAAAUGCAGCCCCCAACAAAUCUCCAUCUCCUGUACCACCACCUGCACCUGCCAUCGGGAAACCUAUUUCAUCCGUUCCCAUGUAUGUGCCAGCUGCGGCUGCGCGGGUUACUCCACCUUCGCAAUCUAGUUCCACACCGACAACUAGCACCCGUUCAGUCACUCCUGUGACUGUGUCACCACCAGUGACCGCGUCACCACCUGUGACCGUGUCACAACCCAUGACUGUCUCGCCACCGGUGGCUGUCUCACGGCCCGUGGUGGUGGUGCAGAGCUUGACACCGCUGCUGCAGGGAGGGGACAACCGGAGUACCCCGUCUGGACGGGUCACACCAUCUGGACGGGCCACACCUUCGGGACGCAGGACGCCUUUGGGCAAGCCUGGAGAGGGAUCUCUGCGCCAGGGAGUUCCACAGAAGCCUUACACCUUCAUGGAUGAAAAAGCAAGGGGUCGGUUUGGUGUGAUCCGUGAGUGCCGGGAAAACGCCACAGGCAACCUCUUUAUGGCUAAGAUUGUUCCGUAUGAGGCAGACAGCAAGCAGACGGUGCUGCAGGAAUACGACAUCCUCAAGUCCCUUCAUCAUGACAGGAUCAUGGCCCUGCACGAAGCUUACGUCACACCGCGCUACUUGGUGCUGAUCUCCGAGUACUGCAGUGGGAAGGAGCUGCUCUUCAGCCUCAUAGACAGGUUCCGUUACUCCGAGGAUGACGUGGUCACCUACAUCGUGCAGAUCCUCCAGGGUCUGGACUACCUCCAUACCCGGCGCAUCCUCCACCUGGACAUCAAGCCGGAGAACAUCAUCAUCACCUACAUGAACGUCAUCAAGAUCAUUGACUUUGGCAGCGCUCAGACUUACAACCCUCUUUUCCUCAAGCAGUUCAGCCCUCCUAUUGGAACGCUUGAGUAUAUGUCUCCAGAGAUGUUGAAAGGGGAUGUUGUGGGUCCUCCAGCUGACAUCUGGAGCGUGGGUGUACUGACUUUCAUCAUGCUAAGCGGCAAGUCGCCUUUCAUUGAAAAUGAUCCUCAGGAGACUGAAGCCAGGAUCCAGGCGGCAAAGUUUGACCUCUCUAAACUCUACCAGAAUGUGUCCCAAAGUGCCUCUCUGUUUCUUAAAAAGAUCCUCUGUAGCUACCCUUGGGCCCGGCCCUCCAUUAAGGACUGCUUCAAUAACUCCUGGCUUCAGGAUGCCUACCUGAUGCGCCUUCGCAGGCAGACUCUCACCUUUACAACUACCCGUCUCAAGGAAUUCUUGGCCGACCAGCAGCGCAGGCGAGAGGAGAUGGCCACCAAGCACAAAGUCCUCCUGCGGUCCUACCAGAGCUCGCCACAAACCCCCACCAGCCCUGCCACGCCAAAUGUGCCAAUUUCAUCCCCCACACCUCUCACCCAAUGAAAACAGGCUUCCAAAAGUCAGUUGUCAUGACUUUACAGGGGGGGAAACAUCCUCAGAGCCAGACAAGACUUUGGCCCUGAGGUGGGGUGGUCCCUUCAGGUUUGAGUUGUUGAACUUGCUUGGAAGAAGAAAAAAAAAACUCAAGAAACAAUCAGUGGCUGUGAUCUACAGAGACGUCACUUCUUUUUCUUGUCUGGUUCUGAAAGAGAAUCUAGAGAAUGCUUUCACACUUAAGGGAACUCUUUCAAAGUUACAAGAGCCUGACUGUAUUUUUUUUAUAUGGUGGACCUUGUUCAUGCAAGGCAGGAUGUUGUCUUCAAGUUAGUACCUCAAGGUUUGUAACUUUGCAUACAUUUUGGAUAAAUUACUUCCUUUCUUACUGUCAACUCUACAAUGAUUAGAGGGAAUGCAUUGUAGUUACCUACCACGAAAGGCCUAAAAUUGCUGCAAUUAGAGUUUUGAUGUUAAAAACAUUGUUUCAUUUAGGUUAUUGACGAGAUUCCAAAAUGAUGAAUACUCAGCACAAUCUCAAAACAAGGAGUAUGUUUCCUGUGCAGAAGUUAAUUCUAUGAUGUCUAAUUCUGUGUCCAUGAUAAAGGAAAUCCCCAGAUUUGGGCUAAGUAUUGUUCUCCAUAAACUUAAUCCAACUUUAACUAAAGCAGUGUUAUUCGUGCUACAGUACCAGAGUUUUUACAGUUCUGUAGCAUCUCACUGAUUGUCAAGAUUGUAGCAGUUCCAGUUACUUUGUUGUUCUGAGUUUUUAAAGUGUAAAUUGAUUUCAGAGAAUACAAAGGAGGAUUCUAGUAUACGUCUAAAGGGCUUUUAGAAAAGGACUCUUAAAAUCAGCACACAUUUCUUCCCUAAUGUUACUGAAUAUAGUAAUGAUUCUCAAAAUCAGAGUUUUGCUUUGGAAUUCGUUAUUAGAUCAUAAUUUUUGCUCCAAGUGACACUAUGCACAGCAUAAGUGGCUCCAUGCAGAACUGUCACUAGUUCCUUCACCACAAGUAAGCUAACAACCAGAGCAUUGGCUUCCAGUUCAGCUUAGCUCUUCCACUCAUCCCAGUGUAAAAGAUCCAGUGGGAUUAGCCACGCAGAGAUAUUUGCACUCAUCUCUGAGUUUACUAAAAUGACGUUUACAAGUUUGCAGAGUCCGUCGGUCAAUGUGUUCUCUGAGUGUGCGUACAGCACUUUGCCUGAGAUACGAGAUCAUUAUUAAAUGUAAGAUCAUUCAGGGCUUUAGUGCUAAACUCAAUCGCUUUAGAAACCCACUGGUGAUACUGGGGUGCCUCCAAGUGCCCUUAACCAGUUAGCAUUAGUCAGCAUAAACAAUAGCCUUUCCAAACCAUUGAGAAAGGAUGUUCCUUAGGACAUUGAUGAUAAUAUUAAUUCUUAUUUUAGCUGUAAUUUUCCAUUUCUAAAAGCUACUGUGUUGAAAAAAUGAGUGAUUUAUUAGGUUUUUAUAAAUGAUAGCUUUUAAAUGCCGAACCUUAAGAAGAUUUAAAAUGGUUAGAAUUAAAUUAGAAAUUAUUAUUUAUUUAUUCCCUUAAUUAAGUAGCACACACCUUUUUUGGUUUCCAGCCCAUAUAAGCUUGAAAGACACUGUACACAGUAAUAUGCAAUAUUACAGCCCCUGCAGACUAUACAAAACAUGAAAUCAGAAAUGUUAACAAAUCUUAGACAAUCCUUACAGCUCUAGGGAAUAUUUCAUUAAUUUGUAAGAGACACCUCUUAUUCCAUGCUCUAUGUAUGAGAUAUGUUGCGGUAUGUACCUCUAAAUAAAAUCAUAAAACAUUAUUAAAUCAGUGAUAGACCCGAGGUCAUCAGCUGUUUCGGGUCUUAUCAUCAGACACCCUUGCCCGGGCGACUGUGCCGGGGGUGAUCAGGUCCCAGCUUGUGUCCAGGUAGCUUAAUUCGCCCCACUAGUCAUCCAAAGCCAAAGGGAAGCCUUUUCAGCGGCUUCCAAGAUGUUCUCGAUGGCUCUUUGUUUCUGCAGUCCACAGAAAAAAAACAAGUCAAGAGAAUGUAACUGAGAGGAUGCAUGCCUGGCUGAUUUGCAAACCAUUACAGAAUGGGAUAAUUCAUAAAUUGUAUCUAAUUGUUUUAUCACUCUGGAAUUGCAAUUGGGCACGUACCGGCUUUUGUCCCUUGGAUUGAAAGUAGAAUAAGACUCAGUGGCAUAUUGGUGUUUAAUGUCUGUUUCCAAAUAUAUUGUUACGUCUCACCACAGAAAAUGCCCAUUAUCCCUUUUUGUUCAAAUAUGGUUGAUCCUAAAUAUUUGUUUUGGAAGUCCAUCCUCAGGCGUCAGUACCAGCACCUUUGCUUUAACAAUACAUUGAUCAUUUAUCAGUGAUGCAUUGAUCAUUUGAUCUUUCCUCAUUAUUUCUUGGUAAAUAAAUGGCUAUGUUGUGUUGUUUCUCUGAUAUUGCUUUUGCCUUGUGAGGGCAAAUUCAGUUUUAAGACCAGCAUGUGAAUCCCUUUGCUGUCACGCGUGUUAAUAUCAAGUACAGAUUUCUGUGACAGAUUGAAUUAAUUUCAUUAUACAUAAAGUAUCAAGAACUGCAAUCAGACACUGAUAAGUCUUUUACGACAGUAUCACAAAAAGCUGCGUCAUACAUUCAGCAAAAAAUCAAGAGUUUUAAUCUGUGUAUUGACUGACAGAUUGUUAGUACUUCUAUGAAAUUAUUUUGCUAACUCUAUAUAUUCUAAUGCUAUUGCUAGAUAAAUACUGCCCUUUUCUGCAGCUCUUUGUCUUUUGGGCUCAGUAAUUUUCCUAUGCAGAGUAGAAGUUGAGCACAGAGGGACUUGCUUUAAACCUGAAUGAAAACAUGCAAGAUCAGCAUGAGAAUGCGAUUCUAAACUGUAUGUCUCUGUGCAAUAUAUUAUGUUCUAUAAUCAUAUAAAAUGAAACUACAACUAUUUAUGUAAGCAGACAACAGUUUUGAAAAAAAAAAGAUGUUGAACGCUCCAAUUUUGUAUUAAAAUCCUAUGCCGUAUUUUGUUGAAUGUGUUGCAGUGCCUCGUGAUGGAUAUUAGACCCACAGACAAAAAAACAGUUUGUUAAAUGAAUGAUUAUUUUUGAUUAUAUGACUGUGACUGCUUUGUGUGUUUUGCAAUUUGUUUAUUUAUUGAGUGACUGUAUUUGUUAUAGCUGCUGCUGUUUAUUUUGUGACAUUUCUGAAUCUGGCAUGGAAAAGGCAUGACAGCUGUUAAGGCUAUGAACAAUAAAGGGAAUAUGACAAAUAUA